UCUCCAUCUUUUAUAAGUAGCAAAGAGUAUGUAAUCGAUCGCUGAAAUCAAAUUAUGAAUUGAAGAGGAUUGCCUUCUGAAGUUACAGGGAUCAACACGGAAACGUGAGCGAUGUAUAUGCGUUACAGAAAACUGGAUCUGGAAAACUGGUCUGAGAGGAAGGGCUAAGACCCGAAAAUGUUAUAGGGCGCCAGUUGCAAGAAUGGACGUUAUGGAAAGCAAAUCCAACAGAGUAAAAGCCCAUUUGUGGCCCAUAUACUCCUCUUCACCAACAGAUUUUCAAGAAAUCCUGUAUUUGUCUCGUAGCUCCACAUCACUCCAUCUUUUUACCAGCAUCGAUUCGCAUUUCUAGAUGUUCUGUUUCUCUAAAUUUGGUUCCUGCUCGCAAAACUUCUGGGCUUCGAUCAAAAGCUUGUAAGACUGUCUCAAAUUCUCCUCUUUUUCUUAUGAUGGUGCGACUUUCUUGGAUUUGAUCGAGGUUGAUGCAAAAAUCUGCGGUUUUCUUAUUGUUGCUCAAUGGCUGGUGCUUACUAUCUGAACCCUUUUCGGAUUAAUGCUCAUUUCGAGGAGAAUUCAAGACUGUUGGCUCCCAAGAUCGAAUACUCAAGUGUUGCUUUCCCUUCCAAUGUGGAAUUAUCAAGUCUCAAUUUUUACCCAACUCUGUCUUCCACUUCUACCUCCAAGGAAUAUACUUCUAAUGUAUGUUGCUUACCGGAUGCCGGCAAUUCCAUCGAUGAGAAGGUGCCAACGCCCAUGCUCGAUAUCGUUGAAAACCCCAUGCAUUUAAAAAAUUUGACUUCAAAGGAAUUAAGACAACUGGCUGAUGACAUUCGAUCAGAAUUAUUAUUUAUGUCAAAAACCCAAAAAUCCUUUAAAGCCAGUCUAUCGGCGGUGGAACUAACAGUUGCUAUCCAUCAUGUUUUUCAUUCCCCAAUGGACAAGAUACUAUGGGAUAUGGGGGACCAAACAUAUCCUCAUAAGCUUCUCACUGGGAGGAGGCCCCUCUUGCAUGAAGCUAGAAAGAUAGAUGAUCUUUCUACUUAUACAUGCCGUGGUGCAUUUGACCCGUUUGGAGCAGGACAUGGAUGCAGCAGCAUAUCUUCUGGACUUGGAAUGGCAGUUGCACGAGAUAUUAAAGGAAAAAAAGACCGCGUCGUUGCAGUGAUUAGCAAUGAAACAACCAUGGCCGGGCAAGUUUACGAGGCGAUGAGCAAUGCAGGUUAUUUGGAUUCAAAUAUGGUUGUGAUAUUAAAUGACAGUCAUCACUCUUUACUCCCAAAGCUCGAGCAAGUCCCUAAGACAUCGAUUAAUGCUGUAUCUAGUACUCUGAGCAAGCUGCAAUCAAGUAAAUUCUUCAGGAAAUUUAGAGAAGUUGCUAAGGUUCUUACUAAGAAAAUUGGCCGAGGGAUGCAUGAGUGGGCUGCAAAAAUUGAUGAGUAUGCACGUGGUAUGAUGGGUCCUACAGGAUCAACUCUAUUUGAGGAGCUUGGGUUGUACUAUAUUGGCCCAGUAGAUGGCCACAACAUCGAAGACCUUGUGUGCGUUUUGCGUGAAGUGGCAUCAUUGGACUCAAUGGGUCCUGUUCUGGUUCAUGUCAUAACAAAGGAAUAUUGUGAAGUAGAAGAUAACCUGACGAGUGAAACUUCUGAUGAAAGCCAUGAAGGUUCCAUCAAUGUUGAAUCUUUACCUUGCAAUUCGAGACCUAAAACAUACAGUGACCACUUUGUAGAGGCUUUGAUCACAGAAUCCGAAAGAGAUGAAGAUAUAGUAGUGGUCCAUGCAGGAAUGGGAAUGGAGCCAUCUUUUCAAUUAUUGAAAGAUAAAUUACUGGAUAAAUUUUUUCAUGUUGGCAUGGCUGAGCAGCAUGCAGUUACAUUCUCCGCUGGUCUGUCCUGUGGUGGAUUGAAACCUUUUUGUAUAAUCCCAUCAGCAUUCCUCCAGAGAGCAUAUGACCAGGUAGUCCAUGAUGUGGACCGGCAGAAAAUUCCUGUGCGUUUCGUGAUCACGAGUGCAGGUUUAGUGGGAUCUGAUGGUGCAACACAUUCUGGAGCAUUUGAUAUAACAUUUAUGUCAUGUUUGCCAAACAUGAUUGUGAUGGCUCCAUCUGACGAGAUUGAGCUCGCCCAUAUGGUGGCUACAGCUGUCCAUAUUGAUGACAGGCCAGUCUGCUUUCGCUAUCCUAGAGGUGCCGUUGCCCUGACGAGCCCUAAACCAUAUUUAGGAGAAGCAAUUGAGAUUGGGAAAGGGAGAAUACUUUUAGAGGGGAAAGAUAUUGCUCUCCUGGGCUUCGGUUCAAUGGUACAAAAUUGUCUUAGAGCACAUUCCCUUCUUGCAAAGCUGGGAAUUGAUGUUACCGUUGCUGAUGCAAGAUUUUGCAAGCCGCUUGAUAUAAACUUAGUGAGGAUGUUGUGCAAGAACCACAAAUUCCUAAUUACAGUCGAGGAAGGCUCUGUUGGAGGAUUUGGAGCACAUGUUGCUCAAUUCAUUUCUCUCGACGGGUUGCUUGAUGCUGGAAUUAAGUGGCGGCCCAUGACUCUACCUGACAACUACAUCGAGGGUGCAUUGCCCCAAGACCAACUGGCUCUUGCUGGGCUCUCUGGCAAUCACAUUGCUGCAACAGCCUUAAAUCUGCUUGGC